AAGGAGACACACUGAGCGCGUCCCAGCCUCCCGAAACCUCCUCCUCCCGCCUCUCUGACGUCACGUCGAUGGCCAUUUGCAUGAAGGCUUUUUCUGCUGCAGCCUCCACCACUCCACUCCGCUCCGCUCGUGCGCAAACCGUCUCACACAGCCGCGGAGAGCCGACCCAUCCCGACCCAUCCCGACCGGGCCGAGUCAGAUCGAGACCGAAAGUGAGGGGGGAGAGUGAGAGACGACGCUAAACGAGGGAUCGUGGUUGCAUGAGGCUUUUUCUCCUUGAAGAGGAUCAGAAACACGGGCUGCAGCUGGUUCGACGGAUACCGCACGACCGAGCGAACCGAGGCAGUCCGCUCCCCCCCCCCCCCCCCCCCCCCCCCAUCAGACAUGGAGCUGCCCGCCGCGGGGGAACACGUCUUUGCGGUGGAGAGCAUCGAGAAGAGGAGGAAUAGAAAGGGGAGGGUCGAAUACCUGGUCAAGUGGAGGGGAUGGUCUCCAAAGUACAACACCUGGGAACCAGAAGAAAACAUCUUGGACCCAAGACUCUUGGAUGCCUUCAAAGACAGAGAAGGGCAAGAUCAGCUGAUGGGAUAUCGCAAAAGAGGACCAAAGCCCAAACAUCUUCUAGUUCAGGUGCCAUCCUUUGCUCGGAGAUCCAGCAUCCUGUCUGAUCUUCAGGAGGCCUCCCUGAACGAGGACAGCUGUCAGAAGACGGCCCCCAUCCAUAUGCUGCACUCCCAGAGCCAGCAGUACCAGCUGAACAGCAAGAAGCACCACCAGUUUCUGCCACUGGGCAAGGACGCCGAGCAGCAGGCCAAUGGCAAGAAGAAGUUCUACUACCAGCUCAACAGCAAGAAGCACCACCCCUACCAGCCCGACCUCCGGAUGUACGAGGCCCCCCACCUGAAGCCCAGAGACGCUAAGGUUCCAGAGGUGGCUAACCAAGCCUGGAACCUUCCUCCGGCAUUGCAGCAAAAGUGGGUUCGUGACAAGGACUCCGGCUGCCUGACCAAAGUCAAGGACAUCACCAUGGAGCUGAAGAAACUCCCAGCGGAUCUCAAUGGACAUAAGGAGCCGGAGAAAGUACAGCCCUCCGCUGAGAAAGACAAUCCGUCACCGCCGAGUUCUGUGAGCAACGGCAAGCUUAAGAUUGUCAAAAACAAAAACAAGAACGGACGGAUUGUUAUCGUCAUGAGCAAGUACAUGGAGAGCGGCAUGAAGACGGCAAAGAUAAAGAACGGGGACUCUAAAACGGUGGACGAGCCUACGCCCGACGAGGAGAGUAUCGACAACGAGGUCGAGAAGAUGAAACUCAUCAAGAAGCUCGGGCUCAUGAACGGAUUUGCAAAAAACCUCAAGGACAAACCCAAAGUUUCCCGUGCUGAGAACGGCCAUACAGAGACGGACCCGCCUCUUGAAGCAAAGGCCCAAGUGACGGAGCAGGAUAAGCAGGAGGAGGUCGGGGGUCAAACACCUCCUCUAUUGGAUCAGCCUUUACAACUGACAACCGGAGCUAACCUGAUCACGGGGCGUGCGGACGAGGCGGUUCCCUGCCUGUCCGAGAGUGGACGGAGCCAUGAAGGACUCAAACGGCAGUCUUCUGCCAUGGACAAUGAGGACCAACCAGGAGGCAGUAAGAGAUUUUUGAGCUCCAGGAUAAGCACACCACACACGUUGUCGUCACCACCUCAGAGUGCAGUCGAAGACCAAAAUGCCUUUACCGCGGGUCAGUACACCAACCGGGAAUACGGAUAUACCGAGCAAGAGGAACCCAUUGAUUUGAGCGUGGUGAGGACCAGGCCUGAGGCUGUGAUCCAGACUGAACUCUGUACGGAGACUGAAACCGUAACACAAGCAGACACAGAAACACUGUCCGAGGCCCAGUCGCCCACACUUCCAGAGGAAACAUCAGGGAGCGACCCCACCUUGGAAACACAGAACCACACUCUCAGCCCCAGUCAUAGUAAAGAGCAGCCGUUCCAGAGUCAUAGUAAAGAGGAAUCGAUCCAGAGUCAUAGUGAAGAGGAGCCCUUCCCCGCGUUCAAGCCUUUCCUGGGGAAUAUCGUCAUUACGGACAUUACUACUAACUGUCUCACUGUCACGUUUAAGGAGUAUGUGACGGCGUAUGGCUCCGAAGAACUCGAGUUCAGAAGGCGGGAAGAAGACGUGCUUCACGCGCUUGAAGACAGCAUGGAGCUGUCUGCGGUCGGGGAGCGCGUGUUCGCCGCCGAGUCCAUCAUCAAACGGAGGAUCAGGAGGGGUCGGAUGGAGUACUUGGUGAAAUGGAAAGGCUGGUCUCCCAAGUACAGCACCUGGGAGCCAGAGGAGAACAUACUGGACUCGCGUCUCUUCGUUGCUUUUGAGGAAAGGGAGCGCGAGAGGGAACUUUAUGGGCCCAAGAAGAGGGGCCCCAAACCGAAGACCUUCCUGGUUAAGGCUCAGACCAAAGUGCGGUCCUAUGAGUUCCGGAGCGAGGCGGUCCGAGGGAUGCGCAUCACCUACCCCAGCCCGGAGCCCACGGCCCCCCCCCGGGCCAGGGAGGGCCUGAGGGCCGUGGUGCCCACCAUCUUCCCCCCCAGCACCGUCAACCGGGGCGAGAGCGUCCGCGUCUGGGCCCCCGAGCCCGAGCGCGAACACAGAGGAUCCGCAAGGCCGGGCGGCCAGGCCCCGGAGCCCAAGAAGAGGGGCCCCAAGCCCAGGCUCCAGUUCAAGAUCAGCCGAGAGGGCCCGACGCCGGCGCACUCCGACCCCCACAAGAGGAGGCCGGAGGGGGGGGAGGAGGCGGCCGGCUUCACCUCCACCUCCACCCAGCGGGGGGCGCUGCUCCACGGUGACCCGGGGGCCAGGGGCUCGGCCCCGGGGCCCACGAUGAAACACAGACUCCAUCAGAACCGCGGGCACGCCCACAAACACCACCACCACCACCACCACCGCCAUCACACCCACGUGCACCUCCGGGCCCUCCCCUAUGGGGCGCCCCAUCAGCAGGCGGUCCACUCGAGACCCGGGGCCGGUGUUGGCCCGGGGGCCCCAGACAGGACUACGGGGGCCCCCGGACACAGGGCCCCCGUGCACUUCAAGCACAAGUCAAAAAGCAACCUGAGCCAGCUUCGGACGGAGCUGUCGUCCGCGGUGAAGCCGGCGUUCCUGGAGAGGCUGUCUCCGACCCCCCCAGCGGGCGACGGCGAGCGGGUGAAGUGGCGGCCGUCGCUCGCCAACGUGGAGAAGGUCCUGGUGACGGACGUGACCAGCAACUUCCUCACGGUCACCAUCAAGGAGAGCAGCUCCUCCCAAGGGUUCUUCAAGGAUCAGAGAUGAUGUGUGUGUGUGUGUGUGUGUGUGUGUGUGUGUGUGUGUGUGUGUGUGUGUGUGUGUGUGUGUGUGUGUGUGUGUGUGUGUGUGUGUGUGUGUGUGUGUGUGUGUGUGUGUGUGUGUGUGUCACAUGGCGUGCAUACAUUUUGUUGGACAUAUGUGUAUAUAGAUCAAAUUAAAUAUAUCUAUUAUCACAAUGUAUAUUAACAUGAUAGUGUGGCCCGUUUUUUGUUUCAUUGAGUAGGAAGGCCGGCGUUAUGUACAGAGCUUGUAAAUUAUAAUAUUUUGUAAGGAUUCAGCAAUCAUUUUUUCUAAAUUUCAUACUUUUGAGUCAAACGUAGUUUUCUUAUAAAAAUGAAUUAAUCAAGGUUGGCAAAGCGAUUGACCCAGCCUCUCUUUAGGGGCGGGCUCAAAUAUGCCUCGAUUAGAAACUUCAAGUGGACUCUCAUGUUCCCAACUGAAAAUAAUUGUUUUGCACUUUGUUUGUCCUUCAUUUAUGGACUAAAUCGAUUUAGUUGUGCAGAAUAGGCCUAAUUACUUUCGAAUUGUAUACUAAAUAUGCAGGAAAAUAAAAUAAGUUUCAUGCUAAACCUA